AUGCAGAGCCCCCCACCGCCUCCCUCAUCCACUAAGGGCGGUCGUCUCUUUGGCAAGGGUAGCAUCGGCCACGCCAUUCGCCGGAAUGCCGGCGGUGCCUUCGGCCCCGACCUGGCCAAGAAGCUCUCCCAGCUCGUCAAGAUGGAGAAGAACGUGAUGAGAAGCCUGGAGCAGGUCGCCAAGGAGCGAAUGGAGGUUGCCCAACAACUGUCCAUUUGGGGCGAGGCCGGUGACGAGGACGUUUCUGACGUGACCGACAAGCUCGGCGUCCUACUGUACGAAAUCGGCGAGCUGGAGGACCAGUACGUCGAUCGAUACGACCAAUACCGCAUCACGAUGAAGAGCAUCCGCAACAUCGAGGCUUCGGUCCAACCCAGCCGAGACCGCAAGCAGAAAAUCACAGACCAAAUCGCCCAGCUCAAGUACAAGGAGCCCAACUCGCCCAAGAUUGUCGUCCUGGAGCAGGAGCUCGUUCGCGCCGAGGCCGAAUCGCUCGUGGCCGAGGCCCAGCUAUCCAACAUCACGCGCGAAAAAGUCAAGGCUGCCUACACCUACCAGUUCGACGCCCUCCGCGAGCACUGCGAGAAGGUGGCCAUCAUCGCCGGCUACGGCAAGCACCUCCUCGAGCUCAUCGACGACACCCCCGUGACCCCCGGCGAGACCCGACAGGCGUAUGACGGCUACGAAGCUAGCAAGGCCAUCAUCCAGGACUGCGAGGACGCUCUCACCAACUGGGUCACGGCCCACGCCGCCGUUUCCUCCAAGCUCUCUACGCGCUCGCGCAACCUGUCGCAACGGCGCCGGAACAACAUUCGCGCCAGGAACGAAGGUCACGACUUGUCCGGCCAGGACGCGCCACUUAACGAUAGCAGCUCGUGGGUCGCUCAUCAACAAAUGGAGAGCGAUGGAGAGGAGGAGUUGGAGGAGGAGGAGGAGGAGGAGGAAGAGGAGGAUGACGAGGAGGAGAACCGUCUCGGCAACGACGAGAGCCGCGGCCGGACGCAAGAGGCCAUCAGCGCCUAG